AUGACUCAAUAUGACGUUACAUCAAUGAUUAGCAAACCUAAAAGGGACCCUGGUGCUUCGACUGAAAAGCUUUGUAGUACAGAUACGUCCGGAAAAGCCAUUGCACAGAGGUUAGACUCGAGCUUAAUGUCAACUAAGUUUGAACUAGGUUGGGAAACAGUUGGGACACAUUUGAUUCGAAAUAUUUCUACGCCACAAUUUCCGGGGAAGAGAGUAAAAGUUGCAGCAUUUGAUUUGGAUAGUACAUUGAUUACGACCAAAUCUGGUGCAAAAUUUUCAAGAGGACCAACAGAUUGGAAAUGGUGGUCGACAAAUGUCCCAAAAGUAUUGUCAAAAACUAACAACGAGGGAUAUUUGAUUGUUAUAUUUACAAAUCAGGGAGCUGUCGUUGUUAACCAAAAUAGCAAGUCGUAUGCCAAUUUGAGGUCGAAGUUGAAUCUGGUAUAUGGAGAAUUGGCAAAACGACAAAUCAAUUCGCUUUACGUGUUUGCUUCCCCAAAAAGGCCCCUGAAAGGGCCCACCUCAAGUGAUGAGCAACAUAAAUCCACAAGGAAACCAGAAAUUGGAAUGUGGCGGGAUUUGGAGAAUGCACUAGCUAUGCAGGGGAAAACAAUUGACUACAAAGAAAGUUUUUAUGUGGGUGAUGCAGCUGGUAGAAAGCAGGACUUUCUGGAUAGUGACAUCAAGUUUGCCGAAAAUGCAAAGAUAGAUUUCAAGACGCCGGAGGAGUUCUUUAAGGACAAUGGCUUAGAAUGA